CAGGGCUGCAGGUGUUAAUUUGAGGAUUUUAUUAGGUGUUGACAGCAGAAACAUGAGGAUCCAGUGCUUCCUCCUCCUGGUGGCCCUCCUGGCUCUGGGGCACCAGCUGCCUGCUGUCGCUGGCAGGAGAAAAGGAGAGAAAGCUGGGGGCUGUCCGCCAGAUGAUAAGCCCUGCCUCCCAGUUCCUGACCAGUGCACUGGCGACAGCCAAUGUCCCUCAGGCAAGAAGUGCUGUUCCCAAGCUUGUUUCCGCCAGUGUGUCCGCAAGGUCUCAGUAAAGCCAGGCAACUGCCCUAAGGACCAAAUGCACUGCCUCAGCCCUGUGCAUCACCUGUGUAAUCGUGACUCUGACUGCCCAUUCAGGAAGCGGUGUUGCCUAGGUGCCUGUGGCCGGGACUGCCGGAAUCCUGUCAAAGGCUAAUUUUGGUUUAAGAUCAUGACUGCAGCCCAGUGGGAAGAGCCAAGGACCUGAGCACCCAAAGAGCAUUAUUUCUGCCAAGGUUCUACCAGAUAGACACUGACCCGCAGUGACCUCCCAGCAACACAUUUGCUCUGGCUCCUCCUGCUGGGGGUCCAGGUCCACAGCCUUACCUGAACUUCAUCACCCUGGGACCCCAGACCACUGUGGUGCUGAGCUUCCUACCCUGCCAUGUAUUCAUUUUCAGAUCUCUCCACACAUUCUACAUUCUGAUUCUUCCGCCUAAAUGCACAACUCAGGGACCCCUGUUUGUUGGGUCCAGCACCCAGAAUGCAAGUCCUAGCAGAAUCUCUAAACAUCAGGCCAUUCUCACACAUAAACUUUCAGGAUCUUCCUCUUACCUGCAAAACAUCACAUGAUGCACGCUGUCUGUACUGCUUAUUUAAUGCUUCAUUUUAAAUGAUUCACUUUUGUAUAUAACUGCAUUUCAGUGGAAGACGAUAGUCAAGAUCACUAGCCACACAUAGAGCGUAAUUGUAAAAAGAAAUUCAAUGAAAACAGCUCAUUUCCAACAAAUUAAAUUGUAUCCAAUUAAAUACUAUUAAACUCUAACUGGAUGAAACCUC